GGCUGAACGGCCGAGGCUGGUGCGUUUGUUUAAAAAAAACUGUCCAAACGUGAUGUAUGUGGAAUCUGGGUCAGCUGGAGCUGCUUAGUGCACUUCUGCAUGGGAGCGUACAACACUGAAGUUGCAACAAAACAAAACAACAUUGUUUCCCCCCCCCCUCCUUUCUGGAGUAAAACAUACCGCGACUUUUUCUUCAAUGUUAUUUAGAUGAUUUAAAUCGUUUGGUUAUCGCAUGGAGAAACCCAACUCCCCAGCGCAGCCUGGAUCUAACACAAAAAGACAAAAGCAGUUUUCGACUCCAACUACAGCUUAACAACCCGCAGCAUCAGAACACACAGAGAGAAAAGGCAGCUUGGCCUCCGGAUCCACCAGCUACGACAGAAGCAAACCAGCUGCAGCAUUCUUUCUUCUUGUCUCUUCUAAGUCAUCAUACUUCCUUCAAAAUGAAGAUACUGAAAUGGACUUUGGGUAUGCUGCUGUUCCUACUGUUGUCUAUCGGGCGCUGUACAGACCCAUCGACCCUCAACAAAACAUCCCAAAGGAGGCAUCCUCGUUCCACAGAUGGCGGAGAGGAAGGGAAGAAAUGUGGUUACACCUUCUUGGUCCCAGAACAAAAAAUCACAGGGCCAAUCUGUGUGAAUAACGAACCAGGUACUGGUAACAGAAAAGAUGAAGUCACAAGAAUGGACAUAGAGAACUUGAAGGAUGUGCUGUCCAAGCAAAAACGUGAGAUUGACAUCUUGCAGUUGGUGGUAGAUGUGGAUGGAAACAUUGUGAAUGAAGUAAAGCUGCUGAGGAAAGAAAGCCGUAACAUGAACUCUCGGGUGACUCAGCUCUAUAUGCAGCUCUUGCAUGAGAUAAUCCGAAAGCGUGAUAACUCACUUGAACUUUCCCAACUGGAAAAUAAAGUCCUCAACGUAACAACAGAAAUGUUGAAGAUGGCAACAAAAUACAAGGAGCUUGAAGUAAAAUACGCAGCACUGACUGACCUUGUAAAUAACCAGUCUGUGAUCAUCUCCCUGCUGGAAGAACAGUGCUUGAGAAUCUUCUCACGGCAGGACACCCACGGGUCCCCACCGCUUGUCCAAGUAGUGCCGCAGCACAUUCCCAACAGUCAGCCAUAUACUCCCGUUCUCCUGGGAGGCAAUGAGAUACAAAGAGACCCAGGGUACCCCAGAGACAGGGAUGUAAGGCCACCACCUGACCCAGCUACUUCUCCUACGAAGAGUCCUUUCAGAGUUCCACCACCAGCAUUAAUUAAUGAAGGUCCAUUCAAAGACUGCCAACAUGCCAAAGACGCUGGGUAUUCCAACAGUGGGAUUUAUAUGAUCAAACCUGAAAACAGCAACGAACCAAUGCAGCUAUGGUGUGAGAACAGCUUAGACCCCGGAGGAUGGGCAGUUAUUCAGAAGAGAACAGAUGGAUCUGUCAACUUUUUCAGGAACUGGGACAGUUACAAGAAAGGAUUUGGAAACAUUGAUGGAGAGUAUUGGCUGGGACUAGAAAAUAUUUACAUGCUUACCAAUCAGGAUAACUACAGACUACUGAUUGAAUUAGAGGACUGGAGCAACAAGAAAGUCUAUGCAGAGUACAGCAGUUUCCGUCUGGAGCCUGAAAAUGAAUUCUACAGGCUACGCUUGGGAACAUACCAAGGAAACGCAGGCGAUUCCAUGAUAUGGCACAACGGAAAGCAAUUUACAACACUGGACAGAGACAGAGAUAUGUAUUCAGGAAACUGUGCUCACUUCCACAAAGGCGGCUGGUGGUACAACGCGUGUGCACACUCCAAUCUGAACGGAGUGUGGUACAGAGGAGGCCACUACAGGAGCAAGUACCAGGAUGGAAUAUUUUGGGCUGAGUACCGGGGAGGUUCCUACUCCUUGAAAGCAGUUCAAAUGAUGAUCAGACCUAUAGACUGAGGAGGAAAAUUCCACAGCGCUCAAGCCAUCAAGUAUAAACUUAUCUGUGCUUGAGCUACAGGAAAAUAAAAUAAUACUUUCAAAUCAUUAUUUUGCACAAUCUGUCCCUGCAAAAUGCAGGUCUACUAUUUUCCUUUCUCCCCAGUUGCCCCUGGCCUUUUUUUUUUUUUUUUUUUUUUUAAUUAAAGAAACCUUUUCUACUGUAAUAGUUUUUUUCCAGCCUACAUUCAACACAAGCGGAUGUUCUCAUUUGUGAUGCAUAUUUAUCUGUGCUCAAGCCCAACAUACUUCAUGCAAACAAUCUUUAAGGCUGGUAAAAGGAUGUCCAGAUAAAUGACAAGAUACAAGCCCAUCCCUUAAAAAGCUUAUGCUUCUUCAGACCAGCUCGACCCUUAAAUGUAAAUAUGGGAAAUCAUCUCGCUUUAAUGUGAAAAUUAACCAGUUAUUUAACAAUUUAUUUAAAAACAUUGGUACUGCUUGCAAUGAAAAUUCAACUUCACAUUUCUGUUUAAGACUUACUGCCAGGAGCUACCUAAAAAACUGAAGACGUCCCAGCUUUCUAACAGAAGGAGACUCUGCUGCAGAUAAUUAUUUCAAAACAAAAUGGUGUAGGAGGAAUUCCCUAAGAUCUGCAUGUCAUACUUUCUGUACAACACUUACACAGAGAGAAAAAGAUCAGUUCUAUGACGUGGAUGAUAAAAAGACAAUCCAAUCACUCACCCUACUUAAAACCAUCUUUUGAUACUUUGAACUUAGAUGGCAAAAUGGAAAAGUCCCAAUAAUAAAGUCUGUACUUUACACGUGGAGAUUCUCCCCUGCUUCCACUAGGAUCAAUGAGAUCUCAACAGACACUCACAGGCGUUAGUUUAGAGAAGAAUCAAAUCUCACAAUAGUAACAGAAGUCUCCUACCUGUCAGCCCCUAUCAUACCAACACAGCUUCCUGCUGACAUGGAUCAGGAAUCAGUUCCGAGAGUAUUUUCCGUGCCACCAAAAACUUGUGGAUUGCUCUUAUGAUAUAAAUACUUCCUUUCCCCUAUGUGUACUCUAAUCUUAUCUAUAUUAAAUUUUUUUUGUCUUCUGGAUAUCUGACUUCCAUGGGGAUUAAUAUGCAAUUUAAGGAGUGGAUUAGAAAAUACACCUCCAACCUUUAACAAAUGCCACACAAGAUACUGCACCAAAACAACAUACUUCCAAAACAUGACAUAACAAAAUGCUCAUUUAAGCUACCAGAGUCUGAGAUGAAAAGUAGGAGGAAGUUAUUAAAUAGCUGUACCCAGCUAUACAGCUUUUGUAAUUUAAUCUGAUAUCACACAAAGCUAAAUAAGCUGGUCUGAAAUGCAAUCAGAACAUUUCUUUGUCACUUCAUAUAUUUUAAAAGAAUGUCGCCCCAUUUAGUCUAAGAAACACUAACAGCUAAAAGAAUGUAAUAAUAGUGUUGUACCUAAAUUAAUCAACACCAAUAGCUCUACAAAACAUCAUUUGUAAUUCAGAGGAAAGAGCAUUUUAGUUUCAAAACACAUUCUCUCUAUAUUUUAAUCUGUCCUAUAUGGCUUCAAGGGUUGUAGUUCAUCUUUUUGGUCAGGGAUCAAAGCCAGUGAGUUUCAACAAUAUUUAGCUGAGGGUGGAAGAAGGAGAAAAAAUGAAUAAGUUCCAGCAUAUUUCAUUCCUAAAUUGCAAGAACAUUAACAGAAUCCAUUUGAGAUUACAGUUCUGAACUCGGAUAUCAUGUAAGGAGUAUUUGUUUGUUACAGACAUCCUACAGACCUCACUGAUCAACUGUUCUACAAAAUGCUUCUUAAAUCACAGUUGUUUAAAAUUCAAGCCAACUAUAGCUUACUCUUUUUCUUCCCCCCCCCCCCUGUGGUAGCUAAGUUAGAAAAGCAGUUCAGAUAAGUUUAAAAACUGAAAAUGACCUGGGAAAUGGUCUUUAAUGAACACUUCCGUCAGCUUUAGUUACUUCAACUUACAAAUUUCAUCUGCUUGGAAGAGAUCUUGUUUUACCACAAGAAUCUACUGCCCGCUACAAAAACAGCAUUUGUUUAUUCAGCACAGUCAGUGAAAGGUGUGUUUUGCAGAAAUCCCUUGGCGAAAUCAGUUUGCAGUCAGCCUUUAAAUUAAAUCUUAUUAGACAUCUAAAACAGCCUCCCUUAAUUUGAAACUGCAGAAUGAAGUCAACUAAACAUGGCUACAAAUAUACCUCAAAGCUUCUGAUUGCACAAAUGCUGCAAGAGGAAAGAACUCUAAAGUUGCCAGUUUACAAUCAUGAGGAGGGAGAACGUAACACCUCUUUAUCAAGUUGGUUUACAUCUCACAACAAACUUCUUUAAAUGCUUACAAUACUCUCAGUAAUUCUGGGGCUGAAUGUUCUAAGCAGUUUAAAUGAUUUCAUUUUGGUGCUUCGUCUCCCACUUUUCUGCAGCAGAUUCCCAAAGAGGUUGUAGCAGCAUCCCUCAAGCUUAUUGCACUAGACAUUGAAAAGCACUGUCCCAGGACAGAGCUUUCACCAUUCCUGGGCCUCCUGUUCAAAUAUAACCAAACAGACAUGAAAAAUGUUUAAGCUGUACUAAAGCCUGAAAUAGUUUGCAAAAACAUUUCCAAAGUUUAUUUGCAAGCAACAUCACUGAAGUAGCUGAAUGGUCAUCAGAUGAACACUUCAAUAACACGCUUUCCCAUUUCUGGAUAUAAUUCCUGAAAGACAGCUAUAAGGAAGCAUUUCACAAGGUAGUACUGCUUAGUUAAAUAAAAACCUUCCUUCUCAA